AUGACACUCGCUGCCAUCGACGUCGACACCGACAGUCGAGCAUCACGAUCAUGGCAGAGCAGUGGCUACCUCCUCGCUGUUCAUUGCAUGCUGUUCCGCAACCACAGAUAUGCGAGACCUGUACCAGCAUCGCUCGCUUCUUGUAUCAGACGGUUGUUCGAAGCGAUGGUGGUUCCCAUGGGUCCAUGGUGGGUGGCCAACCCCACCGUCAGGACCACCAUUCUCGACGAAGCAGGAGGCCGGCCUCCCUUAGGACAUCCCUAUGCGACGUCUCUGGAGCUUGACGAGGAUCUGAACACCGCGCUUCCACCUCGACCAAGGGGCAUGCAGACCAGGCAGCCCGCCGGCUACCCAAGCAUCCAGCAGCCAGUGCAAUCGAACGGCCAGAUGCCAUCCAGAAGGCAACCAGAGUCACGUCCCAGCGGGCCAGGAGAUCAGGAGCCACAAUCCAGACGUCCAAGGGACGGCCGACCACGACAGCAGUUCGGCUCGCAAGGCAGACCCAUCCUGUCUCGACGACCAGAUGGCGAGUCUCCAUACCAGAUGUAUGAGCAGCAGGCUCGGCCUUCCAACGACCAACAGUAUCGACAAGGCCCACCAUCGGACGAUACCGGAGAUCGACAGGAGCAGAACAGGCGUUCGUACUCUGGCCCACCACCGGCGCGCACCGACACCCCAGGCAGACGUGUCUCUGGUCGAAGCCCAGGCCGCCAUCGUGCCCCGCCCGUUCGUCGUGGGAUUGCGACUCCAGUCAUCAGCUAUGCGCUGCCGUACAGGGCUGCUCGUCCACCUAGUGACACGUCUCGCGAGUCACGACCGUCGUCCAGGCGUGCGAACGCUGAUCUGUAUCAGUCACAGACGAUCACGUCGGCAAGACGGCCUCAGCCGCGCGAUGCUAGCGGUCCUCCUGAUCUGGGUCGUCGUCGGCGCACGGCUCCAGCACUUUCAUACACCAACGCUGGUCCUCCCGGCGUGGCUGCGUACCGACAGCGGAGUCGUCAUCGAGCGCAACGGACGAGGUCUGGUGCCGGAUCUGACGAAGAGGACAGCUCUGAUGGCGACUAA